CCCAAGCCACCCCGCCAUCACGACACGCUUAGCCAAUCACAACCCCUUUCGAAUUCGCUAGUGAAGUGAUGGGCCCAACGCCAAACUGCUCUCAACUCGAUGCCCGGGCAAGAAAGACCUGGUCUUUGACGAGACUGGCAUGCCGGCCACAGCAAGGUGAAUGCCGUUACUCUACGUGCCCGCGCGCGAUCCGCGUCAUCGCAUAGCAUGCUUCGCGCUGUAUAAGGCCCUUCUCCGGCAGGUGCCCCAGGUCGUCCUCCCGAGCGCGCAGACGCGUGGCGACGGCACCGUCAACCCCAUCAAGCACCUCAUCCGUAAGGGCUUCCGGAGGAACAAGUCCUACAUCAGCCCCCGCCUGGUCACCUCGUCCCUGUCCAAUGGAUACAAGUUCCUCGACCUCCUCUCGGCCGCGCGCGAGCCCGACAGCCCCGCCCACAAAACCGUCCUCGACUUCCUGACGCGUUACCACGAGGACCGCAUCAAGCGCCGGCGCGCGGCAGCAGCAGGCGCGGGCGUCGAGAUGGGCGACGAACCCCCCAGCUCGCGCCCGCGGCUCAACCAGCCCGGCGAGCGGCGCAGCCUCAGCGGCGGGCGCGUGCGCGGACCCUCGAUACCGUUCCUGCGCCGCGUCCCCAACCCUUCCUACGCCGAGCCCGACCCCCUCGGCGCCGACGACGACCACUACAGCGCCGCGCUGGGCGCCUUCGCGGCCGCCGCGACCAACCACGUGCCCGCGCAGGUCCAGCCCCGCUUCCUGUACGAGCACCCCACCCGCCCGGCGGCCCCGUCGACGCUGGCGGGCGUGCGCGGCGUGCCCAAGCUCGCCGCCACCGUCAACGGGUUCCCGUUCCUGCGCGUGCGCAAGCCGCAGAGCCUGCGGCUGGGCGCGGCCAUCCACGCGCUCGAGUCCAAGCGCGGCGAGCGCAUCUCGCGCAUGGUCGAGAUGGACCGCGGCGACGGCGCCGCGGCCGCGCGCCUCGAGGACGAGUGGGAGGAAAUGGUGCAGGCGCAGCUCGUGGAGCAGGGGAUCGCGCGGCGCGGGCGCGGUGGCCGUGGCGGCGGCGGCGGCGGUGGGGGUGGUGCAGACGGGCUCGACACGUUUGCAGGCUCCACGCGGUUCGGCGUCCGCUACAUGCAGGCGCAGCUGCAGGCGCAGCGGCUGGACCAGCUGGAGCGCGUCAGGCUGCUGUGGGGGGUCGCCAAGGAGGAGAGGAGGCUGGCCGAGGACGAGAAGCUGACGCGUAAAAGCAUCAAGAGUGAACGCCGCCGCCUGAGGAUGGAGCAAGCUGCCGAAAACACAAGCCCCGGCGAGGGGGUGGAGUGAGGCAGCUUUUGAGACGGUACGAGUAUGCGCAAGAAAGGCGGAGGCUUUUCUAUUGAAAAAGUCCCUUGAGAUGGAAUGGGAUAUCUAUAAACACCGCCCAGAUUUCUCUUUCCAAAAAUAACUCUCUCGUCAUACAGUCAUUGAGAGACGAUGCGCCGAGGCAAGAAAUGCUUGCCGUACAUUGUCGAUCCGGAACCCAGGUGAUCUCCCCAGACAUGUCGCCUUCUCGGUUAACUCUGUUAAGCAGCAAUGUCAGUAAAUCUAGCCUCGCGGUAUUUUAGGAUCCAGUGAUCAUGAGAGAAGCGCUUACUCUGCACAA